CAUAUCGUAAUACUAUAGAAACUAAGUCUUAUCUCUAUAAAAGUGAUUAUAUACGUGUCUAUAUUAUGUUUUUAAAAAAUUAGUUCAGUUUUAUAUUGUGUAUAUUUUUUCACACAGAAAGUUUAUAAUAAACUUUAAAAUUUUUAGUUAGUUCUUUUAUUUAUAUUAAAUUUUAAUAAUGUGAUUUUAUAUUAGAUUGAUUUUAUACAAAUUGUAAUUUUGUUUUACUUUUUUAUAAUUUCUCCAAAAUUUAUUAUUUCCUUUUAGAGUUAAAUAAAAAUAUUAAAUAUUUAAUAAUUUUUUAAAUAUAUUUAACGUUUCAAAGUAAAAUUUAACCAAAAUGUUAAUAUCUUUAGAUUCCAUCAUAUUUCUUAUUGUUGUGGCAUUUAUAUGGGGUAUAACCAAUCCAUUUAUUAAGAAAGGAGCUAAAGGUUUAGAAAAUGUGAAAUCAUUUUCUAAAUUUGGUAAAUUUUUUGAUGAAUUUGCUUUUCUUAUUACAAAUUUAAAGUAUAUGGUACCAUUUAUUAUUAACCAAAGUGGUUCUAUAUUAUAUUUUUUAACUUUGAGUAAAACAGAUAUAUCAUUAGCAAUUCCAGUCACUAAUUCGCUUACUUUUAUGAUAACUGCAAUGACUGGUUCAAUUUUGGGUGAAGAAAAGAUACAUAAAAAUACAUACAUUGGAAUGAUAUUAAUUUUGAUUGGAACAAUCCUUUGCUGUUGGGAUAAAAUACAUAAUAUUGAACAAUUCUAAUUUUAUUUAGCAUUUUAUUUUAGAAUAUUAUAAUAUAGUAGGAGAUAAAAGAUUUCAUAUACUUUACAAAAAAGUUUAUUUAAUUCAAAAAUUUUAAUUUUAAUAAAUAUUGAAUAUAUAGAUUAUAAAUUAUAUAUGGAGCAAUUUUUUUUUAAUGAAAUAUCAUUUGAAUAAAAUAAAAUUGAUGCUUAAA